CUUGAAAAUGGCAUAAGAGGUAUUGAAGUCGUCACUCAAACGCCCACACCCCCUCUGCAUGAAAAUAACCAAUCAGAAUGUGCAGGCCUAACAAAUUCGAUUGUGAUGUUUUUCGCGGGUGUUGCCGCAACUCUUGGCACCAAAUUGCUAUUUGCUCUCAUAUUUUGGAUACACAGAAGAAAUUGUCAAACUUCAAAAUUUUCUACUGGUAGUAAUGGGGUCAAUACGCCGGCCGUGAUCGCAACUGAGCAUACUAUAGACGCUCCAGCCGUUGUUGUCCCAACCGAGCCAGUGACAGAACCACCACCACGAAAUAACCAGAAUAUCGAAUAUGCAAUUCCAGAAAACAGGAGAACAUGCCCAUAUGAACAAGUGGACGAAUCACUACCAGCACCAUCUGGUUACACAGAGCUUGAUAUGAGCCGUCGUGAUGGCAGAGAAACAGAUGAUAGAAACUACCAGAAACUCCUCAAACGCGAAUCAGAUUAUGUCAUACCAGCUAAUAGCGCUUCAGAACCUUUGGAUGAAGAAGGUCGCGGUGAAGUUAAAUCGAAAACAACCUUAGGCUACACAGAGUUGGAUUUGACAAAACUAGGACAGACUAACCAUCCGCCAUACCAGCAUUUAAUAAAGAGGCCAAGUAAACCUUCACAUUAAUUUCGGAGAUUUUCCCCGUUCAGGAAUGAGAAUUUUAAAUCUGAAAAGAAUUAAUUAGAAAGAGUAUCAAUAAAAUUAUUAAUUAUCAAGGCUAGGAUGUAUAUACAAAAGGCGUUGCGUGUUGACUUAUAUUAAGGACUAUACCUAUGUAAAGCGGGGAGAUGUAGCAUUUCCAAUGUCAUAUCUUAAAAUGAAUAUGCAGUGGUUCGGAAGCACAUAAACGAAAUAAAACACUGGAUUAAAUUUUAACCCAGAGUUAGCGCUAUAACGCUUACUAGUCUGGCUAUGAACAACUGGCCCCUGGACUUAUGGUGAGACUUCAGGCUUA